GCGGCGGGAGGAGGCGGAGGCGGAGGCGGAGGCGGGCGGCGUCCACGAGGCCGGCCCGCGCCCGCAGGAGGAGGCCAUGAACGGCGACCGGACCGAGAGCGACUGGCAGGGGCUGGUGAGCGAGUACCUAGUGUGUAAAAGAAAGCUGGAGAGUAAAAAGGAAGCUCUGCUGAUCCUGUCCAAGGAGCUGGACACAUGCCAGCAAGAAAGGGACCAGUACAAACUCAUGGCCAAUCAGCUUCGAGAGCGCCACCAAUCCCUGAAGAAGAAAUACCGAGAGUUGAUCGUGGCACAAGAGGGCGAGGAAUCAGAUCCUUUUAAGACAGAAAGCCUGUGGACUGGAAGAGCUCAGUUAAUUCUUGCUUAUUUUGAGCGUAUCCCUUCUUCCCUACCCGCUGAAAGUGUUCCGCCAGUAGAGCAAACUCAAGCAUGUGAUGGAGAUCCAUCACUUCCCCCUGAAAAAAGGAAACAGGCUAAUCUUGCACAGCUACUGAGAGAUUCUCAGGACCGAAAUACACAUCUGGGAGAAGAAAUUAAAGAACUUCAGCAAAGGCUUGCAGAAGUCCAGGGUGACAAUAAGCUCUUGAGAAUGACAAUUGCCAAACAGAGGCUCGGAGACGAAGAAAUUGGCGUGCGACACUUCGCAGCUCAUGAGCGUGAAGACUUGGUUCAGCAGCUGGAGAGAGCCAAGGAGCAGAUUGAGUCUCUGGAGCAUGACCUACAGGCCUCUGUGGAUGAGCUUCAGGAUGUGAAAGAGGAACGGUCUUCCUACCAGGACAAAGUGGAGAGGCUCAACCAGGAGCUAAACCGUAUCCUGGGCGGGCACGAGAACCGUCUCAUCGACGUGGAUGCCCUCUGCAUGGAGAAUAGGUACCUUCAAGAGAGACUAAAGCAACUUCAUGAAGAGGUCAACCUCUUGAAAUCAAACAUUGCCAAGUACAAGAAUGCUCUCGAGAGACGGAAAAACUCAAAAGGCCAGAGUAAAUCUAGCAGCAGUGCGCUAACUGGAGUCUUGUCUGCAAAGCAAGUUCAGGAUCUGUUGUCUGAGGAUCAUGGGUGCAGUCUCCCAGCUACUCCACAGUCCAUUUCUGAUCUGAAAUCUCUGGCAACGGCCCUACUAGAGACAAUCCACGAGAAAAACAUGGUCAUCCAGCACCAGAGGCAGACCAGCAAAAUCCUAGGGAAUCGUGUGGCUGAAUUGGAGAAAAAGUUAAGAACUCUGGAAGUUUCUGGUUUGUGGAGUCUUCCAGGGGGCAAGGACACCAUACUGUUCGGCGACCCCGCUGUUCCCACCAUACAGAGAUCAAGGUCUCCCCUGCUGAAGUUCAUCGAGCAGCCUGCUGAGAACAAAACGAAUUCCAAGGACGUGUGAUCGCCAGCUUCCAGGAUGGCCCCCAGUGAUCCUCACUUCCUGGGAUUCAUGCCCUCGCAUAUUCCCCUCCACAUCGUAUCAGGGUUAAUCUGGGUGACUAAUAGAAUACAAGGCACAAGUAACCUUAUGUGACUUCCUAGGCUGGGUCAUAAAAGACAUACGGGGUCUUCCUUUCUGUCUCUGUCUUGAGUCAUCCUCCCUGGAGGAAGCCGGCUGCCAUGUGCUGAGGAUACCCAAGCAGUCCUACGUGCUGUUCAUGCGGUCUGGAACUGAGGCCUCCCAGCCACCAGCCGUGAAGCAGAAUCCACAGCCCCAGUCAAGCGUUCAGAUGACAACAACCCCAGUUAACAUUUUGGUGACAGCUUCAUGAGAGACCGCUAAUGAGAGCCACCCCGAUCAAUUGCUCCCAGGCUCCUGAGUCUCCAGCUGCUACGUUUUGAGUUAACUUGUGGCACAGUAGCACGUAACUCACAUACCCAGCUUGCAGGAGCCAAGGGUCUCUCCCCAAUUCCGGUAUUUUCUCUCCGUCUCCUCUCGCUCUGAGUCAUGUCUGCAACCAUCAGCGCUAUGAAAAUAUUCUCGAAAUAUUUUUCCAGCUGGGUCCCAUCUGCAGAGUUACAGUCCCUUAUUUGCCAAAGUCCAGACUUUACCACCUGAAUAUUCUGUGGGCUUCUCAAGUAUGCCGUCACCAACUCUCCACGCUUCCUCCCUUUUUUUGCCACCCUCUCGGCUCUGCAGCUGCCUUUGGAGUCCUCAUCGACCCCCGUCAGCUUUCCUUCCUCAUCGCAUCUGGUCUGUGGCCACUCUUCUUCAGACCUUCUCCCACCUCCAUUCCUCCCACCUCUGGCUUGGCUCAACCCUCUUUUCUUCCUCUGCAGGGCUUCCAUCCGGUUUCCCUGUCUUCUGGACCCUCCCUACUUCACUCCCAUCCUCCUCCCUUGUGCUGUAGGGUAAAGCUUCUGGAGCACUGCUCUCCUACACCUGCGCACCCUGCUCUGAAAUCUUCGGUGGCUCCCCACUGUCUCCCACUUGAAAUCGUAACCGGCAAACUGGCCUACCCUGUCUUUCUGACCUGAUGAUUAUCUGACUUGAAAACUGUGCUUUUAUUGAGCUGUACUAACCAGUUGGAAACAGUUGUUACCAUUGUGUAACAAGCCACCCCAAAACCUAGGGCUGAAAGGAACUACUAUGUAUUAUUAAUCAUGAGUCUUUGGGUCAGACCAGCAGUUCUGCUAAUCUGAGCUGGGCUCGGCAAGGCUCACUGGGUACAGCUGUAUUUUGAAGCUUGUCUCAAUCACUUAUAAUAGUGCAUGGAAUGGGAAGAAUUGGACAGGUCUGGGAUUUCAAUAAAGAGGAUCCCCAAGCAUACGCAGGGAGAAUUCUUGGAGAGAAUCCCCAACUCGGGUGGGUUUCAUAUUGGCCAGAAGGCAAGGCCGGGUCUUUCCAGCCAGCAGCACGUGGCUGUUUGCAGAUCUGGCCCGUAACACACCAUGGUCCGGUGCAGUCUGGAACGUGGCUUGGCUGAUGGUCACCCCGUGCCAGCGUCCAGUGUCCACACUGGAUCCAAAACCCUCUAUCUGCUCUGAGCUUGUUUAGCCCCUGGGUGGGUGGGCCCAGGCCUGCGAAAUUGACGAGAUCAGGCGCGUUCAGGGUGGUAUGGCGUAGACCAGGCCUGAGAAAUUGAAAUGGAACAUGAGACCCGGCUUGAUUUUCACAAGGGUAGCAUAAGUAAUGGCCUGAUUCAAAAUGAUAGCUUCCAGAGUUCCAUCAUUACCUCUCAUUGUUCCAACCCCGUCCUUCACCAGUGCGGUAGGAACAAGGAAGCAUUUGCGUAGCGGCUGUCAGCGUCUGGGAAGGUCUCAUCCCCACCGCAUCUCUGAUUAAUUCCAACUGAAAGAAGCCCACACUUGGGAGGACAAAGCCCGUCAGAGAUCAGUUAACAAAAGAAGACGAAUGUCCCCUUUGGGCCAAUGUGCAAGGGUGACACGGUUUUAGGAGCCUAACAGCCUUUCUACAAAGAGCUACUAUUUCUUCAUCUUUUUUUAAAAUUUUUUUUCAACAUUUUUAUAUAUUUUUGGGACAGAGA